AUGUAUCUUCUAGGAGUUCACCUAGCAGAUCACAAACUGGUCAGAAUUGCGUUGACGAAUUUCUACGGAAUCUCUUACGACACAGCAAAUCGACUAUGCGCUCGUCUAUCUUUGCACGAUAGAGCAACAGUAGCCUCCCUCACAGAAAGCCAAAUUACCCAAUUGUCAGCGUACCUUUCUUCUCCUGGUUCUAUUCCUGCUCGAAAACCUCAACCCACAACCACCACUUCUCAACUUUUAAACCCGACACCGUCAUCCUCUGCUUCCAGUAAAGCGACCGCCUCGACAAGCGCGGACGAGACUUCUGUUGGGCGUCCCUCAAUGGAAGCAAACUCAAACAACGACCCUUUGAGACAGAUCAAAAUCGAAGCAGACCUUAAAAGAGUCUUACACGCAAACAUCAACCAUCACCGCAACGUAGGCAGUUAUAGGGGCAGAAGACACGCAAGUCACUUGCCGGUUAGGGGUCAGAGGACAAGUACAAACGCUCGUACUGCCAAGAAGUUGAAUCGGUUAGAGAGGAAAGGGUUCGCAACCCAAGCUACUGGGAUGCAGUCGAAGUGCGAGGUUUCGUUGCUGCAAUUAUUGGCGCCUUUGGCUAGGAAGAGGUUUGGUGAAUUGAUGUAG